GUCGACCGAUUUUAUUUAUUUCGGGAUUUUCCGAGAGGAAAACUAUGAAAAUACGUUAAAAAAGAUCAAGACAAGGUCACGAAAUCAUCGAAGAAAGCUCACAACGGAGACAUUAAAAAGGAGAUACAGGAAUAGAUUUUUCAGUUCGUUGACGGCAAACGGGUGUCUUGCAAAUAAUUUUUACACUUGAAUGCAGCAGCAAAAUGGGUAAAAUUUGGUCGAAAAAGGCGAAAAGUACACGCGAACUGCUGGAAACGCUCGACGAGAAGAUAAAAUCAAUUGAAGCGUACACAGUUUCGACGCAGGAAAAACAAAAAAGGCUCAUCGGGCAAUUUCUCGUCAUUUCCAUUGGACUCUAUGUGAUUGCGUUCAUUGUCUUUUACUUUUUAUUCUUUCCUCCGACAUGGGAGAAGCGCAUUGUGUACUCGACGCCGUUGUUAAUUUUCCCUUUUGUCAUUUUUUUAAUAAAACGACUUGUGGCAUGGUACUUUCAGCGGAAAGUCAACAAAAAUUCGAGUCAAUUGAAGGAACUGCGCACGGAAAAGAAAGAAUUGUUGGAGCAGGUCAUGGAUAAGGAAACGUACAAAGUAGCGUUAGAGCUCUUAUCGCGUUUCUCGGAGAAGCCAAUGCCCCUGCGAACGAAUCCCUCGCAGCAAAGUACCGUAGAUGCAUCACCAAAAUCAUCAUUUACGACGCCGCGAUCGACAACGACGACGCAAGGAUUGCAACAACGCAUGACAGCAACGGUUGGCAGAGUCGAGGCGCAACAACGAGCUCUCGUCGCGAAUCAACAACAACGCGGAAGCCCCUAUUCGACAGCUCCUCGUACUCCGUACACGCCAUAUCAACAGCCAAAUCGCACGAUGCCGAUGCCAAAUACUCCGUACAACGUUCGCACGCCAUUCCCCAUCAUCGAUCAGCGCGCCAAAAGUGUCGUCGAGAAGCUCGUUGAUUAUCUCGUCGGCGAUGGACCGUCAAAUCGUUACGCCAUGAUCUGCAAACAGUGUUCGGGCCAUAAUGGGAUGGCGUUGCAAGAAGAAUACGAAUACACGACAUUCAAAUGUGCAUUUUGCGGCAUGUUGAAUCCCGCGAGAAAACAAAGACCGAUAGCGCCGCGUUUAGAAUCCACGCCAGAACGCAAAUUAGCUGCGAGAAAACCAAGCAGUUCAGGCACAUCUGAUGAAGAAAAGUUCUCGGGAAGCGAUUCAGACGACGAAAAACUGACAAAAACUCAAAAUGAAACAAAAACUCUCGAAAAUACAGCAAAAGAACCUGAAACUGUCGAAGCAUCGACGACGGAAGAAACCCAAGAAGAAAAACCUGAAACCGAGAAAAAAGAAGACUAAAAAUGUCAAUUAAAUGUUCGGAGGGAGGACAAUCAAAUUGUGAAGAGAGAGAUAAUUUUAUUUUUUUGUUUGAAAUUUGUUUUUUGAAGAAUUUUUUUUUGCCCUUUAGUCAAGUCACACAUUUCACAUGUAAAUUUUUCUCGUGAAAAAUGUGUGC